AAAUAAUUUUCAUAAGUAUAUCAUUAAAGGCUGAUGUGUUUAUCGGCGGUAUUGUUUUGAUUACGUAUUUUUUUGACGUUUCGGAUGCUAAUGUAAACAAACAAUUCAAUUAAUAUUGGGCUCAGCAUCGAGGAAACUAUCAAACCUUUUCCCUUGAAUUCAAGUCUUAGUUAUACAAAGGAGGGGUGUUGAUAUAAGUGACAGCCAAUGACGUCAUAUAUUGAAUCAAGUGCCUAUAUACUAGGAUGACGUGCAUUAUAGAGUAAGUUGUCAUCGCUGAUCGUGUGACGGUGACGAUUCAAUUGAAUAACACAAAGAGAUACGCCUGUCUCCGAUUGUCUUCCAAUUUCUGCCUGACGCCCACUAAUUCUUCAGAGUUGGAAACGAGAAAUGACAAGCGUUUCUGAGGUUAUUUGUCAAGGGCUGAUUUGAACUGAAAACAGAUUGAUGCUGUCCUUCAAAAUGUCAACAUUGAUAUAAAUGCUAGACUGUUCCUUGACUGAUGAGCAUUAGUGGUCAGUCGACAGCAGAGAUUGUCAGUGGCAUCCUCAACAGUUCCGACAGAAAUGGCAAACAAAUUCACAGAUUCAUUUUUAACUUGGCGAAAUCAAACGGCGAGCAAGUGCAAACUUGUCAUUUGGACAAUCACGUCUUUCAUGUUUUUAACAUUGUCUGAUGGUCGGCCGACAUUUGACGGUAUCCUUUUGGAUGUCGACACAAAAGCCGCGUUACAGCUGGCGGAAGCCAUGGAUCCGACAGCGAAUCCCUGCGAAGACUUUUUCCAGUAUGCGUGCGGAGGUUGGAUUAAAGACAAUCCAAUUCCGACAUCGGAAUCCGGCUGGUCGCAGUUCGACAUCACGAAUAAAAAUUUGCUGCAUAUUUUAGAAGGAAUUUUACAAGAACCCAAAUCGAAAGCAGAUUCUAUUCCUAUGAAGUUGGCACGAGAGAUGUUCGCCGAUUGUAUGGACACUGCUGCUAUCGAGACAGUUGGACUGAAACCCUUGACAGACUACCUGUCGUUAUUUGGCGGCUGGCCGAUGACAUUAGAUCAUUGGGACGAGUCAAAUUUCGAUUGGAAAAAAGCUUCCGCAUCAGCUUUCACUACUUUUAACUUGCCAUUACUAGUCGACUUCUUUAACGAUUUGGACAGCAACAAUACUCAAAGAACUGUCAUUUAUGUCGACCAGGAGUCGCUCUUUUUACCGCGUUCAAUUCUGGUUGACUUAAACGAGAGUCCAGUUAUUGCAACGGCAUACAUUGAACUGAUGAUUGAGUCUGCCAAAACUGCCCGAGAUUGGCUUCGUAACGACGUUAGUGACACCGAAAUCGAAGGUCAAGCUCAUGAAGUAUUAAAAUUCGAAUCACAGUUGGCCAUGAUCACGGUUCCAGGUGAGAAUCGCCGAAAUAGCACACGAAUGUACAAUCCAAUGUCAUUGGCGGAACUUCAAAAUUGGACAAACAAAGUCAACACAACAAGUUCUCUAGCAAAGAUUAAUUGGCUGGAAUACCUCAACGACAUUUAUUCGGUGGCCAACAUUACCAUUCCAGAGACGGAGCAACUGAUUGUAGUCGAAACGGAUUAUUUGAAGCACCUCAUCCAACUUCUCGAUAACACGCCGACACGAGUGCUCGCUAAUUACAUCCACUGGCGAAUAGUCAGUAAUUUAGCCGCGUACACUAAUCAACGGAUGGCUGAUUUACAAUUUGAAUUCGCAAAAAUUACUGAAGGUGUUAUGAAAUCAACUUCGAGGUCAAGUAAAUGCGUCGAUGUCAUAAACGAUCUCAUGGGUUACGCCCUCGGUUCAGUUUACGUGCAAAAUGUUUUUGAUGAUGAAUCCGUUGAAGAGAUUAAAACCAUGAUCGCAAAUUUGAAAACGGCUUUUAAAUCUCUUGUCAGCGACGCAACGUGGAUGGAUUCGGACACAAAAUCAAUAGCCAAAGACAAAGUCGACGCCAUGAUCGAAUUUGUCGGCUACCCGCCAUGGAUAAAGAAUAAAAAAUCCCUUGAAGAUUAUUAUAACGGGCUUUCGAGAACCUCGACUGGUUGCCAUUUCUGUAACGUUCAACUAGUUUCGGCCUACGUCAACAAAAUUGAACUUGCAUCUCUACGCAACAAACCUGACCGGAACCGGUGGAAAGAGAAACCCACGAUUGUCAACGCUUUCUAUUCGGUCACCAUCAACUCUAUUACUUUUCCGGCUGGAAUUCUACAAGCUCCUAAUUUCACAAAGGGACGAUCAGCGGCAAUAAAUUACGGCGCUUUGGGUAGUAUGAUUGGUCAUGAAAUCACUCAUGGAUUUGAUGAUCAAGGUCGGCAGAGCGAUAAAAAUGGCAACACGGUUCAGUGGUGGACGGAGAAAACGCUGGAAAAGUAUCAAGUGAGAGCCAAAUGCUUCAUUGAUCAAUACUCGAAUUACACCGUCCUCAAUGGAACCAGAUUAAAUGGAAUCAACACCCAGGGCGAAAAUAUUGCGGAUAAUGGAGGAGUCAGAGAAGCUUUCAGGGCUUACCGCUACUAUGUGGCAGCAAACGGAGGCAGCGAUUCCAGUAAAUUUGAAAAUCUGACUUCCGAACAAGUUUUCUUUCUGGCGUAUGCCAAUAGUUUCUGUGGAGUCAAUACUCCCGAAGAGUUAGGCAACCUCGUGGAAACGGAUCCUCACAGUCCGCAUCGCUUCCGCGUCAUCGGAACGCUGUCAAAUAAUGAAGACUUUGUACGCGAAUUCAAAUGUGGCGCCGGCACGCCAAUGAAUCGAUUAAAUAAAUGUGUUCUUUGGUAAAUUCGGUGUUGAAUGAUUGGAUAGAUUAAAGGAUUGUUUUCUUUAGUAA